CAGCAGCAGCAACAGCAAAAACCAAACAAAAGUUAUGGCGACAUGGACCUGGAUAUCCUGAAGCACUCGUCCACCUUUGUCUGGGCCACCAUCCUCAUAUGGAGCCUGGAGUUGAACUUCAGGAGCUGCCAGGCAGUGCCAGGCGGAAGCAGCGGGGAGCGUGUCCACAUCCGCCUCCACAUGCCGGAGGUGGUGCGCAAACACACGCAUUUCCACAACGUCUACAAAUAUCCCAACAAAUUUCCACAGCACUCGUUUCCAGUGCCAGCGCCAGCGCCAGUUCCAGCCCCAACGGCAGCCCAUCCGAAGCUGCUUGGAAAGCCGCACGUCCAGCUCUUGGGAUACACCACAGCGGCGGGGGGAACGGGCUCCAUGUCACCGAGUCUGAUGCAGUUGAUGGCCACAGCGGUGGCACCCACACACGUGCCACCAGCCCCCAGCAGCCUGUCCCCCAACUAUGGGCCCGCUUUGUUCGAUAACUUUAACCAGGAGCUGCUGAACGAGGCGGCAUCCCUGAGCGCCACACCGACAACGACAGAGCGGCCGAUCCCCAAGCCGGCGAUGAAGCAACAGUUGCUGCAGCAGAUCUUCACCCCGAACGUGAUGUCUGCCCUGCAGCAAGAGGCGGAGCCCGAAGAGCAGGACAGUUCCCUGGAGGAGGAUCAGUUCGAGAAGAACUCCCUGCUGAAUCUCAAUUUCCUCGACGCCCUCCAGCGGGAAUAUUUCAGCAAGUUUGGGGGCCGACGCAAGCGGAAGAAAUCGCCCACAAAGUUUGGCACACGACCAAAGGAAUAUCAUCCACUUCCUCCGGCAAAAACAAAACCAUAUUACUACCUGGGAAAUCAGGAGGAAGACGAUCCCUACGAACACUUCGAGGACUACAGUGACGAGCCGCAGGACGACUACGAGGAGGUGAUGCUAAUGUCGCCCGACAGGGGCAGGGGCAGGCAUUCAAAUCCCACUUCCUACAUGGAAAGCUCCAGUAAAUGGGGCGGCUACUUUCCGUCCGAAACGGACCUGGACGAUGCCCAGGGCUACGACAGUGCUGUGGCAUUCAGUAGCCAGGACAACAGCAUCUCGGCCAUGCCCACAGUCGAGGACUUCCUGGAGGAUGCGAGCAAUCAUUCACCGCCUGGCUAUGGCAACUUCUACGAUCCCCAUCCCUAUCCCUCCUAUGGCGGCUCCCAGCCAUCGCCCUGGCUGCCAUCCCCCACGGAGGCCAGCCCCUCCGCCGCAAUGGCCAAUAGUUGGGCCAAACCCAGCACCCCCACCAGCUCUCAGCCCACGAAGGGCCUCAGACUACGCCCCAGAAGGCCGGGCUCCGGCCACAAGGUCCGCUACGUGAAGCUGGUGACGCGAAAGAAGCGCAAAAAUCGCGAAAGAAUCAGAACGAAAAGAUAUCGCCCUUGAUGAUCGGAAAUUCCGUUUUAGCUUCUAAGAAUAUGGUUUUCGAGUUACUGUCAAAUUCA